AUGACUGACCCGUACCAGUUCUACCAUCAAAGGAUUGAAGCAAAAUAUUUUGUGUUAUUAAUCUACCUUCUGAGGCCUUGGAUCAUCCAGGCAUUAGAAAGUUCCACAGUACUAGCUUUCGCGAGGCCUACCCGUCUCCGCAACACUGUUCCCGAAACAAGUGUUGCAUCGCAAUCCUCGGGCGCCACGGCCUCUGCUGUUCCGGACAACUUUGGUUGCAAGCAGUUUGAAUGUCUGCUGCAAAGUUCGGGUAUCAAUCCUACAAGCUCUUUGAGCAGACCUAACUGGUCUCUGCAGCCUCAAUUUCACACCGACAGGCCUAUUAUUGUUGACGACGCCAUCGAGUCCCCGGAGACUGUGACUCUUAGGUACGAGGAGGAGGCGGCGGCGAGAGCCAACGGCGGAGUUCUUCGUGAGGAGUCCCCACCUGGCCUCCUGACAACGGCUUCGUAUUCAAAGUCACAACCGCCCCAGAUGCACGGAUACGACCAAGUCAGACCAUUUCCAGAUUCGCAAUAUCAAUACUCGGCGCCGUCCUUCCCAGCGGCACACCAGUCCGAAAAUGCUGCCGCACAACUCAAUCAGUUGGCCUUCACGGCGAAUGGUUCUGCUAGCCAGUACAUGGCACCUGUCUUGCCGACCCUGAUCUCUUACCAGCCAGAAUCUGGAGUCUGCGCGACCAAGGUCAUGAUCAGAAUAUCGGCUCCUUAUGACUUGAUUGCAGUGACCAGCCAUUUCUAUCUCGCCUUCGGCGAACAGAGGUGCGCAGCACACGCCGUGCGGGACUCUCAUGACGCCAGCGGUUUCGGAUAUGUGGUGAGCGGUGAUGCGCCAUCUUUCGAAGACACGAGGAGCGCCAGCGUCAACGUGCCUUUAUCACUUCUUAUUGAAAUUCCAGACGCGCAGCCCCUUGCGUCCAUUGAUAUAGGCACGUUCACAUAUCACGACGCCCAAGUAGGACCAGCUGAUGCGGCAGCUGAGGAAGUCACAAGACCAACCGCAUCCCAGUCACCCGAGCACAUAGAUGCGCAAAAGUCUGAACAGGACCAGAUCACAGAUGCUGCUACAAAUACUUAUGGAUACCCACCGGGGUCACAGCAAGCUGCUGCCGCGACUGCUUACGACCCGAGCUAUUCGAGCAAUAGCACCAACGGCAGCAUGAUCGGAGCAUACCAUAGAUCCUCGUACGCGGACGACUACACGCGUCAAAUCCCGCCUCCAAUCAGAACGCCUUCGCUAUGGGGAAGUUACGGAGCUUCACUCCACUCCAUGAGGAGUCCGACAAUGAGCCACCAAAGUCACACAACUAUUACUCGACCUAGUUUGUCCUCACUGCCGGCGCCGACCUCGGCCAACCCACAGCUGGUCCGCACGAGCACGCUGCAGUCUGGGGCGCCUAGCUCGUCUUUCAAUCCUUACGCGAUAUACAGUCAAAAGGCGGCGCUCAAGAUCGCCGGCGAAUUAGAGUCUAUGGCCACUGGGUGGACAAAGGAGGAGUGGGAUAACCGCAGGAGGAUCGUGCUAUUCAGGAAGCAUCAACAGGGGUCGACCUUGACCGCCACCUUCAAGCCAGUGGGUGUGAACGAACGCCCGGCAAACAGCAUCUGCAUUAGCUGCAUAUACUGGGCCGAGAAGAGCGAGUGCUUUGUUACCAGCGUUGACACCAUCUACCUGCUCGAACAACUGGUCGCGGCGCCUGCCAGGUUCACGGUGGAGGAGAAGAACCGCAUCCGACGCAACUUGGAAGGGUUCCGCCCCCUGACGGUGAGCAAGGCCAAGGCAGACAGCGAGGAGUUCUUCAAGAUCAUCAUGGCAUUCCCGAAUCCCAAACCUCGCAACAUCGAAAAGGAUGUCAAGGUGUUCCCCUGGAAGAUCUUGGCACCGGCGCUCAAGAAGAUCAUCUCUAAAUAUUCUGCAUCGCCUUCCUCGACCGUUGCCCCGACCCCGAGCCACGCCAUGCUCACCCGUGUGAGCAGCACAAGCCCGGCGCUAUACCCACACCCAGCCCACACAACCACGGUCCCCGAGAGUACAUAUGGACAUCAUGACCCUCAUAUUGCAUCACCGCGAUCCCUGUCAGGCGCGUCUUCGUCAUGGGGCUCGUAUUCUACACGCCCAUUAUCGCCGAGCUUGAAGUCCCACUCGCCCACGAGCGCCGGCAUCAGGAUACCAAGCAUGCCCUCCUACGGGACGCCGGACGGUCGGCACGCCUCAGCAUCAAGCUAUGGUUUGACGCCACAGCCGCCCACACGGUGGGAUGCAGCAACUACCAACGGCUACAUUGACGCGGGGGCGGUAUCGACCUAUACGAGCCACCAGCACCAAGGCCAGGUACCAAGUCGAGUCCACUGCCCGGAUGAGCCGAGCAGCUUGCGAUGCGACUCGUCGUUCCAAUGGAGCCAUCUGGACAGGGGUGGCAAGCCAACCCUGCUGUCGAUCGUGAGCCGUGCAUCGUCCUCUGAUGCCUUCAUAACGGCACGGCGCGUUUAUGCAGACAUGGUAGAGGUCAUGCGCGGACUGAGACACCGCGACCCUUCGGGCAGCACCCGCGCUGAGGUUGCAUGUGGUGGUGCGGAGCUGGCAGUCACCAUGGGAGGACCACCACACGACCUUUCGCCAUGUGAGUUCGUGCUUCUCAUGAGGGUGUUCGGGUUGUGGUUCAACUCGGCCGCUGUGUGGGGUGUAGCUCGGGUCAGGUGUUGUGGCGUUGGUGGCGCAACCCAAUCACGACUCUGCGCGGCACUCCAUCUACUCGCAGCUACUAUCAUGACCUCUCACCCACCACACCACACCAUAUCUUGGCUUUCCCCGGUGGUCAUUUUUCCACGGUUCUCGACGGCGCCUUACGGGAAAUUGCUUUCCGCUCACUAUCUCGCCUGA